UGCUUUUAGGAGAAAAGGUGACAUUUUGAAACCACUCUUAUUCUAAACAAAAAAAAAAUAGUUUUGUUUGUUGGUGAAACUCUUGCAGCGAUAACGAUUGUCGCUGCAAUUAUACACAACAUCGUCAUCGUUCUAAUACGUGUCCAUGCAAUGUUAGUUGGCUCUCCUUCUCGCGAAGCAUUACGUUAUUUUUUUAGUGGCCACCACUUCAAUGUUGUGAUUAUUUUCGCAUUCGAUUAAUUGUACUGUAGUUGAGCAAAGGCGAAACACACGGCUUCAACAUGUUUUGGGCGAAGAAUUACGUGUCAUCGCCUAAUAUGGAGGCACUUCUUGAUAAGAAGGAUGUUACAUUAUAUGAAGUGAUGGAUGAAGAUGAUAUAUUGGUGGAAUGUAAAAGCCAAAACAAAAAACUUGUGGAAUAUCUAAGUAGAUUUGAUAUACUGGAAGAAUUGAUAACUCUUACGACCAAAGAACCAUCAACGGAUAUAGAGGAACGUUCUCGUUAUAAAUAUCCAAGCUUAGCUUGCGAACUAUUGACUUGUGAUAUACCAACAUUAAAUGAGAAAUUAGCAGGUGAUCAAGUACUUUUGUCGAAACUUUAUUCUUUCAUUGAGACUGAUCAACCAUUGAAUCCUCUGUUGGCAUCGUUUUUUAGUAAAACUAUUGGAGUACUCAUUGCUCGCAAAACAGAUCAGAACUGGUAUUCGUAUCAGUUCACUUGUUUACAGGUUUUGGAGUUUUUAAAAAGUCGUCAAACAUGCGUCGAUCUACUUUUGCAACACUUAGAAACAUUUGCGAUUAUGGAUUUAGUACUGAAACUGGUCAUUCGAGUUGAAGGCAACGAUAUGCGGCAAAAUAUAUUAAAUUGGUUAGAUAGUCAACAAUUAGUGCAAAGGUUGGUAAAAUUAUUGUCUCCCAAUUCUGAGUCAAGUAAACAUGCAAAUGCCGCACAAUUACUUUGUGAUAUGAUAAGUGAUACAAGAGAGAAUCAACGAGCACCUACAAAACAGACUGAUCCAGAUCCUAUUUUAAAUACACUUGAAUCGGCAGAUACAGUGAGUCUGUUGUUAGAAACUAUCUUAUCUGGAGAGAAAUUAGAGAGUAGUAUUGUAGGAGGGAUUCAGGUACUUCUUACACUUCUAGGCCAGAAGGCUAACAAUGCAAUAAAUGAGGGAGAUGUUCAUGGUAAUGGUAUUGGAGAUGAGAUCACGGAUAAUGAACAGCGCAUAAAAAUUUCGAAUGCAAUUCUGCCUUAUUUAGAACAACUUCACAAGCUCUUAUUAGAACCACCUUAUAAACCUCCUGUUAAAACAACUGCAGGAGUGUUAGAAUGUCCAUUAGGCAAUACACGUGUACAUGUUGCAAAGUUGUUCACUGCGCUGUUGACAGUGGAAAAUGUAAAAAUUUUUGAAACCUUAGUAGAACUAGGAACAUUCCAAACACUACUGGAUUUAUUUUUUAAGUAUACGUGGAACAAUUUCCUACAUACUCAAGUACAAUCGUGCCUGGCUUUAGCUAUUAAUUGUGAUUUUACGGAUACAAAUGACAUUAUUUAUGCUAAUAUAUUUAUCGAGUGCAGAUUAAUAGAUCAAAUUUUAGAAGCAUGGGAUAAAAAUGAUAAUAAACAAAAUUUGGAGAAUGGAGUUAGACAGGGAUAUAUGGGUCAUUUAAUAAAUAUUGCAAAUAAUAUUGUUAGCCAACGUCAGAAGAGCAAAAACUUAGAUCAAUUUUUAAACGCGAAUUUAUCACCUAAGUGUCUUAAUGAAUGGAAGAACCUUGUGAAUACAGAUUUAGCGAAAAUUAAUGAGACUCAUCAAAUUCUUUUGGGUGGGAUACCCGAGUCGUAUAUGAAUAAUUCCAGUGAAAACCCAGAUGAAUGCAGUUCUUUUCCUGUAAAAGUUGAACAAUUUUACGUCAAUUAUGUGGGGCUACAUCCGUCGACAGCGCAAUUUAUCGAGAACUUCGGCUACAAUGACGGUGAAUUCAAUGACAAUGAGAACGAUAUUCAUAACAAGGUUGACCAGGUAACAACGUUGGCCUUUACUGUCAGUGAGGAUUACGAAGAAAGGGAAGAUAUGUUCAAUAAGAUAUGCCAGGAGAAGCAAAAGGUUGGUUUAGAAGACUGCAGUGCAGGAGCAGAAUGGGGUGACGAAGGCGAACUUACUUUUCAAACAGUGGUCGAUAAACAAGACUGGCCCACGAAACAACAACAUAAUGAUUCCAAUUCGUUGGAUGAAGAUGACGAAGCGUGGGAUUCAACCGAACCAUUAUCCACUGGUAAUACGCUUCCCGAGGUAAAUCCAUGGGAGGUUGCACCAUCAGACACAACAGUUGAAUCUACCGGUUGGGCAAAUUUUGAUACUAAACUAUGCGAUGAAAUUGAAGAAGAAGAACAGGACUUGACAACAGAUCUAAGUAAAGUAGAAACUACAACAGAAAGGAAACCGACACCAGAAGCCAUUGGGGCUGGUGAUACGAAAGUUGAAGAUACUGCUGAUAGUAAUACAUCGCACACAGAAACAAAUGUGACUCAGAAGAAUACUGAAAAGAGCCCGGAUUCAGUUAGUAUUGCUGAUAGAAAUGCGAAUCCAAGUGAAAUUUUGGAUUGCAGAAAAACCACGGACGAAGAAAACAUAAUGCAUACAGAGUUUGUAUCCACUGCGGUACAAAAUGACAAAUCGUCGAAUGAUCACACAGUUUCGUGUAGUUCAAACAACACAACAACGGAAACAUUAUCGCCACCAAAGGAUGCCAAAUGAAACGCUAUUUCUUAAGUACGGCAUUGCAAUAGAACAAAGAAAAUCAUAUCAGUAUAAAUUUGUACGAAUGAUCAGAGUAUAUAUUGCGUCUCUAUAUUUUCAUUAGAUGAUCACAUUAAUUAUGCUUCAUUGCGUUGGCGCCUGAGUAACUAUAACCUACAGCAGGGUAUAAAUGCGGAAUGAAAAGUAAAAAAAAUUCAACAACGCUCAACUAUGUUUAGUGUAUUACUUGAUGUAUAUGCGUAUGUUCUCAGAACGCCAACGUUUCGACUGUAGGUACAUCUACGUGAAAUACAAUUUUC